UUCCCCUGCCCCAUCGGUCUAGAGAGAGGAGAGAGUUCCGACCAAACGAUCAUCUUCUCCGACCACAACAACGAUCUUCAAACCCAACCCAAAAAGCUCACAGUUUUAGCCAUUUAUAUUCAUGAGUAUUUACAGUCACAUCAUUCUCUCUCUUGUUAUUUUGUUAACAGAGAAAGUUUGGGCAGCUAAAUUUACAUUCAUCAACAAAUGUGAUUUCACUGUAUGGCCAGGAAUUCUCGGAAUUCCUAUGCUCGACACUACUGGAUUUGAGCUCCCAAAUGAAUCCUCCCGUUCAUUCCAAGCUCCAACCGGAUGGUCCGGCCGUUUCUGGGGCCGAACUGGUUGCAAUUUCCAAUCUCCAACACCCAGAUCCUGCUCUACCGGCGACUGCGGCUCCGGCGAGAUCGAAUGCAACAACGCCGGCUCCGAACCACCGACGACUCUAGCAGAGUUCACUCUCGGUUCUGGUUCGGGUCAAGAUUUCUACGACGUUAGUCUAGUCGACGGCUAUAAUCUCCCCAUGGCUGUGGAUGCGAGGGGGGGAUCCGGCGCUUGUGAGUCCACGGGAUGUGCGGUGGAUAUAAAUAAACAUUGCCCGAGUGAGCUGAGGGCAGCGGACGGCGACGCUUGUAAGAGCGCUUGCGGCGCUUUUGGGUCACCGGAAUACUGCUGUAGCGGCGAAUAUAACUCGCCGGCGGUUUGUAUGCCGUCGAUGUAUUCGGAAAUGUUCAAGAAUGCCUGCCCUAGAUCUUAUAGUUAUGCUUAUGAUGAUGAAUCAAGUACUUUUACUUGUACGGCUGCUGAUUAUACCAUCACAUUUUGCCCGUCUAAUUUUACUUCUACCCCAAGCAGUGAUAAAAAAGGGACACCCACAUCUAAUACUCCAACAAAUGGUUCGGAUUCAGGCUCGGGUUAUUCAGAUCGAGGCUCGCCGAAGCUCGAGGAUGUUUCGUGGUUUGCAAAUUUGGCCACGGGAGACUCAACGAUCGCAUGUCGGUCUAGUUUUACUCUUAGGCUAGUCUUAAUGGUAGCUUUUGUAGUGAAUUAUACUAUUAUAGACUUAUUUGUGGGUUAGUCCCAAAUUUCACUUAUUAGAUGUAAUGCAAUAUGCAUUAAUAUUCAUUUCUCAA